GUCCAGCGCCACACCACUGCCCCCUUUCUCCCUCGUUCGUCGUUCAUCGCCCCGAGGACUCCGCGCCGCACACAAAAUGGCUAACGACACGUUAAUUAGCAAGUUCAACCUUCGGGAUGUUUCUCUCUUCCGUCUUUUCUCCUGUUCUCUCUCCCUUCCCGCGCGCGGACGCGUUCAGCUUCACCCAGCUGGCUUUGUCUCUCUCUGGUGCGUCUCCUGCCUUCGAUGAGGUAUUUUUUGGAUCAUCCAAUAAUGUGAUUUGGAUUGCAAAGGAUGUCCUCUUCAGGAGAAUGGUAGUAUAGCUUCUGGUUCACCUUAUUGUGGUGUUUUUUCUCAUCCCUCAUACAAUGGGGAAACAUGCUGCUGAAUCAGGGACUAGUUUGCUCCUACAUGGAGACUUGGACAUACAGAUAGUGGAAGCAAAAUGUCUUCCCAAUAUGGAUCUCAUGACCGAAAGGAUGCGGAAAUGCUUCACUGGCUAUGGUGCUUGCAGGACUGACUGCGGGAACUCUGAUGCACAUCCAGACGUGAGGAAGAUCAUCACUAGUGAUCCCUAUGUUUCGGUUUGCCUCUCGGGGGCAACAGUGGCACAAACUAGAGUCAUUGCGAAUUCAGAGAAUCCUAAAUGGGAUGAACACUUCUAUGUUCAGGUUGCUCAUUCAGUUAGCAGACUCGAGUUUCAUGUAAAGGACAAUGAUGUCUUCGGGGCUGAGCUUAUCGGUGUUGCUUCAAUACCGGUUGAACAGAUCACACCAGGGGAUAUGGUCAGUGGCUGGUUUCCAAUCUCUGGUCACUAUAGUAAUCAUAUGAAGGCAUCCCCUGAACUGCAUCUGUCUAUCCAGUAUAAGCCAUUUGACCAGAAUCCAUUGUACAAGGAUGGAGUUGGUGCUGAUGGUACUGAGAAUAUUGGCGUGCCAAAUGCUUAUUUUCCUCUUCGCAAGGGUGGUAGGGUUAGUCUUUAUCAAGAUGCCCAUGUUCCUGAUGAAUUUCGUCCUAACAUUGAAAUUGAAGGUGGGAGGGCAUAUGAACAAAAUAGAUGCUGGGAAGACAUUUGUCAUGCCAUUGUUGAGGCACAUCACCUUAUUUAUGUAAUCGGGUGGUCUUUAUAUCACCCUAUCAAGCUUCUAAGAGAAUCAACAAAGCCUUUGCCCAAUGGAGUCCCGCAGACCGUUGGGGAGGUUUUGAAGAGCAAGGUUCAGGAGGGAGUCCGUGUUAUCGUGUUGCUUUGGGAUGACAAAACAUCACAUGACAAAUUUCUCUUGAAAACGGAUGGACUCAUGCAUACACAUGAUGAGGAAGCUCGGAAGUUUUUCAGGCAUUCAGGUGUCCAUUGUGUGUUGGCUCCUCGGUAUGCUAGCAACAAAAUGAGCAUUUUCAAGCAGCAGGUUGUAGGAACUUUAUUUACGCACCAUCAGAAAUGUGUCAUUGUAGACACUCAAGCCACAGGAAACAAUCGAAAAAUAACAGCUUUUAUUGGUGGUCUUGACUUGUGUGACGGCAGAUAUGAUACACCAGAACACAGGAUUUUCAAGGACCUUAACACUGUCUUCAAGGAUGAUUUCCAUAACCCCACAUUCCCUGUUAGUAAGUCUGAUGGACCGAGACAGCCAUGGCAUGAUUUACAUUGCAAAAUCGAGGGUCCAGCUGCAUAUGACAUACUUACAAACUUCGAACAGCGAUGGAGAAAAUCUGCAAAAUGGAAAGUCAGUGUCAGAAGAGCUGUAAGUUGGCAUCAUGAUACCUUGGUCAAAAUAAACCGGAUGUCAUGGAUUGUUUCGCCCUCCGCAGAUGAGUUAAAUGCGCAUGUUUGUGAUGAAAAGGACCCAGAAAACUGGCAUGUACAGAUUUUCCGAUCCAUUGAUUCAGGAUCAGUGAAGGGAUUUCCUAAACUUGUUCAAGAAGCCGAGUCACAGAACCUUGUCUGUGCAAAGAAUCUGCAGAUAGACAAGAGCAUACACAAUGCAUAUGUAAAAGCCAUCAGAUCUGCACAGCACUUUAUUUACAUUGAAAACCAGUAUUUUAUUGGAUCUUCAUACUACUGGUCUUCACAUAGAAGCGCAGGUGCAGAGAACCUAAUACCAAUUGAAUUGGCCAUAAAGAUUGCAAGAAAGAUCAAGGCAAGGGAGCCGUUUACUGCUUAUAUUAUUAUACCAAUGUGGCCUGAAGGCAAUCCGACAACAGCUGCUAUGCAGGAGAUCCUCUUUUGGCAGGGGCAAACCAUGUCCAUGAUGUACAAGAUUAUCGCAGACGCUCUCCGAAAGGAAGGGUUAGAUGAUGCCCAUCCACAGGAAUACCUGAACUUCUACUGCCUUGGUAAACGUGAAAUCACAAGUGAUUCUUCGACGACAAGCCAUUCUAAUGAGAAUUCCCCCAUGCGUCUGGCUCAGAAGUUCAGGAGGUUCAUGAUCUACGUGCACUCGAAAGGGAUGAUCAUCGAUGAUGAGUUUGUGCUUAUUGGCUCAGCCAAUAUAAACCAGAGGUCCAUGGAUGGGUUGCGGGACACCGAGAUAGCCAUGGGCGCCUAUCAGCCUCACUACAGCUGGGCAGGAAGCAGAGGCCCUCCACGAGGACAGGUGUAUGGGUUCCGAAUGUCGCUGUGGGCAGAGCACCUGGGCACGGUAGAGGAGUGCUUCCGCCGGCCACAAUCCAUGGAGUGCGUCCAAUUGGUGAACCAGAUGGCAGAGGAUAACUGGGCGUGCUAUGUGUCGCCCCAGAUGGUGGAUAUGAAGGGGCACCUCAUGAGGUACCCCAUCAAGGUCGAGAAAGACGGACGGGUGGGGCCAUUGCCUGGGCAUGAGAGCUUCCCGGACGUCGGCGGCAAGGUGCUCGGCACUCACUCCUCGCUUCCCAACGCUCUAACAACGUAACAGAUGAUCCUUGGCAUGGGAAAGAAUAAUAUAACUAAUCGCUGGAGCUUGAAGAAGCCCUUCAAACGUGGCUACCGACCUUCAGAAGAGGGAGACGAAGUUGUUUGUGAGAAACUCACAAUUAGUUUAACUGUUGCAUAUACCGCCUGACUUUUAGCGCUGACCAUUGUAUUAUGGGCAUGUCUAGAGAGCGCCCGGGCGCUCGUACGUAAAGUUGAGCAGACCCUCUGUAUUAGAAAAUUCAUCUUCCCCACUAACGAAAACGGAAAGAUUUUACAAUUUCCUUGGAUUCUAAGCGCACACACGCCGGUUUUUCUU